GCCUUCCGACACGUCUUCCACUCGGACGGGGACAACGCCAUGCUUGCGUCCAAGCAGCUCCUCUACCUCAGCCUCGCCCUGGCCACAGCUUCGAAUGCCUUUGAGCUCUCGUCAUUCCUGCCAUUCCUGAAAACAACCCAUGAGGACGCCGUCCGCCAAGUGUCAGACACCGCGACGCACCGGGUGGCCAUCAUAGGCGCUGGCGCCGCUGGCAGCUCUGCGGCUUUUUGGAUAGCAAAGGCGAAGAAGAGGAGUGGUCUCGAGAUUGACGUCGACGUCUAUGAGCAGUCCGGGUACAUAGGCGGCAGAAGCACCGUGGUGUAUCCGUACAACAAUACAAAGCUACCGCCCGUUGAGCUUGGGGCGUCCAUAUUUGUCCAAGCCAAUAAGAACCUCUGGCGUGCUUCUCAAGAGUUCAACCUGACGCGGUAUAAUUUCGAUGAUGACAAUGACGAGACUGGCAUCUGGGACGGCGAGAAGUUUGUCUUGACGAUUGGAGGAGGAAAGAGCACCUGGAGCAAUUGGCUGGACAACCUGAAACUGUUGUGGAGAUACGGCUGGUCAUCGCCUCAGAAAACACAGAAACUUGUCCAAUCCAUGCUCAACCGCUUCCUCACCCUCUACACACCGGAAAGUCCCAAGUGGGACACCAUCUCGAACCUGACUCUCGCCCUCGAAUGGCAGGAGCUCCUCAUGCGCACAGCGGCGGAGUACUUUGACGUGCACGGCGUCUCCCGGCGGUUCUCGCGCGAGAUCAUCGAAGCCGCGACGCGAGUGAACUACGGCCAGAACGUAGACAGGAUCCACGCGCUCGAGGCCGCGUGCUCGAUGGCCGCCAACGGGGCAUCCAGGGUCGCGGGCGGUAAUUUCCAGAUGUUCGAGCACUUUCUCAAAAAGUCCGGGGCGCAUGUGCACCUCAACACCGCGGUCAAGACCCUCGAGUACGCCGACGGCCUGUGGUACCUGACGACCUCCGCGUCCAUCCGCCCGACGGCGUACAGCAGCGUCGUCCUCGCCGCGCCCUUCCACUCCACCGGGAUCGCCCUCUCGCCCGCGUCGCUCGCGUCCGCCAUCCCGGAGCAGCCCUACGUGCACCUGCACGUCACGCUCCUCGCGACCGCCGCGCCCGCGCCGAACCCCGCGUACUUCGGCCUGCGCGCGGACGCGCGCGUGCCGACGACGGUCCUGACGACGCACGAGGGCGUGCGACGCGGCGGCGCGGCGCGCGAGCCGGAGUUCAACUCGCUCACGUAUCACGGACUGGUGGACGAGGGCGCGCCGGAGGGGGAGCGCGAGUGGGUGGUGAAGAUUUUCUCGAGGGAGAGGCUGUCGGAUGAGUGGCUGCAGGUCAUGUUCAGCGGGAGGGUCGGGUGGGUGUACAGGAAGGAGUGGGAUGCGUACCCGGAGCUGCCGCCGACUAUGAAGUUCCCCCCGGUCAAGCUCGAGCGGGGACUCUACUACGUGAACGCGUUCGAGCCAUUCAUCUCGACGAUGGAGACCGAGACGAUCUCGGCGAGGAACGUCGUCGACCUGCUCUUCCGGGACGAGUUCAACGCGGGCGUGUGCCCGCCGCCGGUAGUGGAGCAAGUCGAGGGGGAGCAGGAGGUGCUCGAGAUCGAGAAGGUCAGGACGAGCAGGGGCGAUGACUUUGUGCUGGGGUGGGAUUGCUGAGGGGAUCAUUGGGUUAUUGCUUUUGUUGACAGUGCUUCGCUGAUUUAUAUAUGUAUUCCAUAAUAAUGCUACUAUUUGCUCUGCUUCGUGUUUACCCGCGGCCCCCCCUCCAUGAAUCCGUGACGUGAUGUAUUAUACAGCCCUGUAUCGGGGUAUGGUGAGGAAUCGGAUACACUACUGGUUGGUCUAUGUUACGAGGAAUACAAGCAAUGCGGAUAGAUGUCAGUGUACCUUGUGCAACUUCUUACCCCGUCUACUUUUGAUGCAUAGCCCUAGCGGACCCUCAAUCUGCCCUCCGCGACGAGGCGUCCUCCACGAGCGGCUUCUCCGGUAUCGACCCCAGCCCGCCGCGAUCGCCCUUGACGCCAUGCGGCCCGUCCAGCUCGCCAUUUCCAUUGCCCUCCCCAUUCCCAAUUGAUGGCGGG